CAACAACCAAACAAUGUAUUGUUAAAAUACAUCUAUUGCAUCAAUACAUGCAUUAAUAUUAUGGUGAUUCAUUACAAUGCAACGAUUUAACAUUUCGCAACUUCCAAACAACCCCUAAAUACAUAAGUUCUAAAUCCAAAAUUAAAAAAUAAUCCACUGAAGGCAUAUAUUCUUGAAGCACAGAGAUCAUCCGGAAUCAGUAAAAAACUAGUAGGGAUUGAACGUCCCAAGUUCUAUCUCAGUUCAAAAUACCAAUUCAAGAUGGAGGAACCGUUACCGAUACAAAUAUAAAAUAAUCAAAGUUCUGAAAAGAAGAACCGGAAAUCAACAGUUACACAAAUUGAAAAUAAAUUGGGCUCGGGCUGGCUGGGGGCACUGCUGGGCCUAACGUCUCUCUUCCAAUCUAACGGCUCUAUUUUGAUUUUCCCCCCUUUCGAAACUCUCACCCACCCACCACACCAUCAGAUUUCAGAUCCCCGUUCCAUUCUCCCCCUCUCUCUCUCUCUCUCUCCUUCCCAAUUUGAAUUCUCCUCUCUGUAUCUCUCUCUCUCCCACCAUAAAUCCCAACAAAUCAUUACUUUACCUUUCCCCACAAAUGUCGUCUUCUUUUCCUUGACCCUUCCCCCUGUCUCUCCAAACUCUCCCCCUUUCUUACCCACCAGUAAACAAUUUCCCGUCUCCUUCUUCAAUCAAUUUCUUCGCCGUCGGAAAAAAAUGGGGACUUGUUGUAGCAAGAAAACCGUCUCCUCUUCAGUCAACAAUGCGGCCACAUCAUCAUCAUCAUCUCCUUGUCCGGGUGAACCGAUGGCCAAGGCCGGAGAGCAGAAGCAGUCCGUCAAGGUCGUUAAAAACGAAGUCUCACCGGCGGCGGAUGACGACAGCUCGAAGAAGAAGGAGAUAUUCGUGAUAAAGCACAGGAACAGCCACGACAGCGGCAACAAUAACAAACCGCGCUCUUCCUCCUCCCCGGAAAUUUCGGGAUCCGAUAACGGCGCCGUUAGCAUCGAGAACGGGAAGGUCGACGGCGUGAGCGGUCUCAGCGCUGCUGCUGCGGCGGUGAGGACCUCUAGCUGCAGUAAGGAGGAAGUGGAAGCCAUUCUCAUCCAGUGCGGGAGGCUCAGCCGGAACAACUCCUUCGGCACCGCCGGGAAGUCUUCUCCGGCGAAGAGGAAAUACAGCGGGUCUAAGAGGAGCUUCGACUUCGACGAGCAGAACGACAGGGAUCUCGGUCAGGAGGAAGACGGCGGGGACGAGAGGAGAGACAGCAGAAGGCAGCACCGUCACCGCCAAUCCAGCCGGAACUCCUCGCCUGCUUCUCAGGCGAGGAGGAGGACGCCCAGUAGGGAGAGGGAACAGCGCUCCGGAAGCAGAGAGAGAGGCCCUGGCGGCAGCGGGAGUGGACGGCGGGUUAGUAGAUCUCCCGGGAGAAGAUCUGAGAGCAACACCGCCGCCUCUGCGGCGGCGAACGCUGGCAAUUCCAUUGCUAACAACAACAACAACAACAACAAUAACAAUGGCAAUGGGAAUAAGCCGCCUGGGAAAAUGGUCUCCGUCCCGCCUACAGUUUCCUCUGCUCCUUCUUCCAAUAAAUCCAAUUCCAAUAACAACAACAAUGGCGUCGAAGCUGCACAGGCAGCAAACAGCAGCGGAAUCAAACGGAUUUCCGUGAAGAGGAACGCUGGUGGGGAAGCUCCUGCUGCUGCGGGUUCCAGGAGUGUGGCGUCUCCCCGUUCAAAGUCUCCCCGUUCGAGGUCUCCUGGAAGAACCAAGAGCGACUGCAAUCAACAGCAGCCAUCGCUGAGCAGGAACUCCUCAAGGAAAGCUGAACAAUCUCCUCACAGGAGGAACCCACUUGCUGAAAUUGACCCUAGCUCUCUGGCUUACCCGCAAGCCAGCGGGGCCAAGGCCAGCAGCAAUUGGGCACAUAAUGAUGGCAGGGAACCGAUUCAGAAGCAAAACCCUCUGCCUGCUGCUGAAAGCCUGAAGCAGCCGCUGACGAGGAGCAGGUCAUCAAGGAGAUCCCGAGAUCUGGAUAUAAAUACUGAAGCUUUACUCAAUCCACAGCAAACGUCCUACACUUCAUUGUUGCUGGAAGACAUCCACAACUUCCAUAACAAGAGCAGUAACACUAACAUAAUCAGCAACAACAGCAACAACAUUCCUCCAUCGAUGUCGUCGUCAUUCCAGCUACCGGCUUGUGUCACAAAAGCGUGCUCGAUCCUUGACGCGGUGGCUGACCUCAACUCUACCACAAGCUCCAACUUGUCAUCCACAUUGUCCGAAGAUCAUCACCGUAAGCAGCAGCAGCAGCUGUCCAAGGCCAAAGACCCUUUUUUGGUGGAAUCUGAGGUGGUGACAAUCGAUGAUCUCAUGGAACCGAGCUUCCACAAGUAUGUGACUGUGAGAAGGGGAAGUGGGUUGUCAUGUGGUAGGGAAGAAGAGAUGGAAAUGCAAGAAGAAUCUUCAGGGAGCAACAGCAUUGUUGCCGGUGGUGGUGGUGGUUGGGGGAAUUCGUCUUAUAACUCCGGGUGGGAGCCUAGUUCAGCUGAUUCGACGGAUCGAUGGAGCUCGAGGGACAACAACAACACCGUUAAGGAGAGGGAGGUGGAGGAGGAGAAGAAUGCUGUUGCUGCCCCUUUGGGACUUGGAAUCGGGCAGAGGGUUCACGGUUUGGGUGAGAAGAGAUCAUCAUCAGGAGGAGGCAGGGAGAUGAUGGGAGGAAUUGAAGAGGCGGCCAGGAUGGCGUUUAGUGGGCAGAGGAAUGGAGGGAUUGGGCGGGGAAGGCUUGCUGCUAGUGGCAAUAGAAGUCAUCAUCUCCUCGCAACAACUAGUAAUGUUGCUGCUGCUGCUUCCACGUAGUAGAGCAUGGCGCGUUUUUCAUUCUUUUGGUGUAAUUUGGUCAUGUAUUUUUUCUCUCUACUCCACGCACUUGUGGUCUGUUGUUGUUCUUCAUCUUCUUAGAACUUGAGGACGUAGUUAAGAAGCGAUUUGGUUUAGUUGGCUGUUGUUGCAAGCUCGCAACUUCGCCAUUUCCGUUGUUCAAUCCUAGCUGACCUUUUCGUAUCCUUAACAUUCCAACUUCCUGUAGUUUAUAUUCUGUAAACGCUCUUGCUUCAGAGAUCACUCUUUUGAACCAUCACAAACUUGCAGUAGCCUUGUAUUCUACUAUUGUACUACUAAGCUUCACCAUGAACAAGCUUGGAUGAUCGUCAUGUACAGAGCUUACAGUAUCAAGUGAAGUCCCCUGAUCCAAUCUUCUGACAGCAGUUGAAGCAACUAUUCUGCUGAUCAUAAUGUUGGUGUCGGGAGGAACUGAACUGAUGUUGCAGUAUCAGCAUCUGCUACUGUAUGUUCAUGUUUAGCUUCUUAAAUUGACAUCCUUUUUAAGAGAAAGGUCUGGUGAUUAGACUCCUUUGCUCUAUUUAUUUGAGUCAGUGUGCUGUUUAGCUUUGGUCCAUGCAAGAUCAGUGAAAAACACAUAAUUUUUUUUUUCCUUCUAAACACACAAAAUCACAAAAAUUGACCCAAUUUGAAUCGCCUCAUUUUACAUUAAUUUGAAUUGAUAAAGGGAUCGAUAGUACAUUUUAAAAUCAUACAUCAAUUAUGGAAUGAGACAAUUGUGAGGCAAUUGGAUUAAAUAACCUUAUUUAAAAAAUCCAUCAUUCAAAGGAUGUCUAUUUCUUCCUUGCUUAAUAUAUAGCUAAAUAAAACUUAUUUAUGAUCAUUUUGUCAUCAACUGUUAAUUCUAACCGUCAACGACAAUUUUGAGUACAUAAAUUAUAAAUGAAAAUUCCAACAAAAAUUGAAAUUUAAU